CCAUGGGACCGCAGCUUUGGAAUCUUCCAGCCCAUUUCCCACGAAAAACACCCAUCUCCAAUGUUGUUACUGCAUUAUCCCCAGCGAUAUGUAUGAAGACGGCAUAUGCUAUCUUAUUGCUCCUGGUGGUAUAUGAUAUAAAGGACGAGGAUGAGAUGCAUAUCCAUUGUUAGGGACCAGGCUGAUCGACUUUCUGCUCAGCGUGCUUGCGGUUUUCUUCGCCCCCGUGCUGGACUUGGCAGACCCAUUCAACCUUGGGGGCUGUAUUUACUUCUCGUUGAUUUGAUCCUGAGUCUUGUCGUUUGCGAUACAGUGCCGUUGGUUGGGGGCCAACGGAUUAGGAGGAAGGGCUUGCUGAGAUACCCAGCGUUUUGGCACAUGUUGUGGAAUUUCUGCGGCGGCUCUAAGCGAGGAGGGUAGACGCCGAAAAACCCCCUAUGUGGAUGCAGGAUGGUGGAUAUAUUACUUAUUAUUAUGUUACUAUUUCAAUUCAAGACGUCCUAAAGUUCGACGAAGCUA